GCUCAAAAUCUGGAAAUGUAGUUAGUAGAGGUUUUUUGUAGUUUAUUUUCAUUCAUACUUCAAAGAACAUUCCAGACGAAUUUUUGAUAUUCGACGAAAAAUUCGACGUGUUUAAAUGUCGCUUUGAAAUAAUUUUACUAGAUCCAGUCUGUUAUUAUUCUAUUUUCAACAUGGCGUCCGCUAGAUGCGGACAAAAAAAUUGGGAAGGAAGAUUUUAUUUUCAAAAUUUUGAUCUGGCGUUUAUGCAAAAAAAGACUAACGAUAAUAAUCAAAACAUAAGCAACGAGCGUUGUUACUGUAAUAAACAGGCUUUGUAUGGAAGUAACUACAAUAAAUACACCAAAGUUAUGCAUAUACUCCUGCUUUCACUGGUUAUAUUUUCAUCACAGACUUUAUGUUCAGCAUACAGACAUAAUUCCGAUUGGAAUAUAGAUAAUUCAGAAUCAGACUCGAGGUAUUCUUCAGAUACCACUGACUAUGAAGUUUGUUUACAUGGAGAAUAUUUAAAAGGAUACACCCUUGAGGGAGGUACUAAAGCUGGGGAUUACCAUAAUAUUGGAGAAGUUGAUGGUUUUGAAGAGUGUGCUGAACUUUGUUGUCAGAAAUAUGAUUGUAACUUGGCUAUAAUGUUAACUUACCCUAAAUCUGAAAGGAAUACUUGUUUCAAAGUAGACUGUUAUGAUCCAGAAUCUAGCCUUUGUAAACUGAAAAGUGCAAGACAUUCCAAAUAUCGUCCACAUUUAUUUAGACGUGGUGUACAGCAGCACAAACAUAAAAAAGUUGCAACAUCUGAAGAAAACGCACACAGUAUUAUCAAUAAUGAAACAAUCUUGAAUAAAGAUCUACCUUCAUUAAAAAGAGAUAAAAGAAUUAAAUCCAUGUGCCACGAAUAUACUGGAACAGUUUGCAGAGAAAACAUUGACCACACAAAAUUAUAUUAUUACACAGCGAACAAUGACACAUCUUUGGAUGAGCGUUUACGUGGACCUAUACAUCAAAUUAGCUCGCGUUUAUCUGGUUCUUGCCGUGAUAUUGCUCUCCAAGCUAUAUGUUAUCGUUUUUACCCACAAUGCAAAGACCACACUCACCCAAAGCCGAUUCCUGUAUGUGAAAGUGAAUGCGAUAGGUUUAUGUAUGGAAAGUGUUCUAAAGAUUUUGCGGAUGCUAAUAUGUUACAGUACUUACAGCAUGUCAUUACUAAUUGUGGGAUUGACCAAAAAAGAGAUAUUGAAGAUGGAGAUGCUAAAAGUUGUAUACAUCUACAAGAAAAUUUGACACCAUUGCCAACAAACCAUGUUGAUGAAACAGAAACACCAAUGCCAGAUAGCAAUUCAGAUUUAAAAUCAACCGGAACUGAUCCAAAAUCAGGAGAUACAGAUUCAUCUUCACAAUCUAAUUCAACUGACAAAUUUACCACUCCAAACUUUAGCACUGAUCGUGCGACCAGCAUGACAGACAAAAAUGGCAUAACAGACUAUACACCAACAUCGAUGUCAUUCAACAGAACUCAGACACCUACUGCAAGCUUGUUUAAUACAUCUUCAACAAUAGGAAACCUUACCGUAACUGCUCAAAAUGCUUCUGUUGAUGUAAGUACGAAUACAGUAAAAGAGAUAGAGAAACCAUCUAUUUCUGAUAUUAAGGAUAGUGCAGACCAAAAAGAAUCAGCAUUAGAUGCAUUGGUUGCUACACCUACAGCUUCGCCUUCACCUGCAGCGUUGCCUUCACCUACCCGUAAAGAUACUGAUAAGGAGAUUCGAGUAUCUGCUGGUGAUGAUACGGAAAUUGAGUUGCCAGAAAAUGAAGUUAGUCUGUUUGCUAGCACAUGGCCAAAAGAAAAAUACGAUGGGGAAUAUGCAUAUAGAUGGUCGCAAAUUUCAGCUCCGAAACACAGCCACGGUUAUAUUGAAGGGAAAACAUUGCGAAAUGUCAAAUUGACAAAGCUUGAUAUUCCUGGGGUUUACACGUUUAAGCUACAUGUCUCCUCUAUAUCUGGAAAGUAUGGUGUAGGAUAUGUCAAUAUCACUGUGAAAGAUCCCACACACCUGAAUCACCCACCGAGAGCUGAAAUUUAUCCAAAGGAACAAACAAUUAGUCUACCAACAAAUACAGUUGUUCUUGAUGGAUCAAAAUCAAGUGAUGAUGACGCCAUUGUAUCGUACAAAUGGGAAGAACUUAAGGGACCGAUAAAAGAGAAUACUGUUUUUGGAUCCAAUACUGCAUCAAAAAUUCUGCAAUUAAAAAACCUUGUUGCUGGAGAAUACAAUUUUAGAUUGACUGUUACAGAUUCUAACGGUGAGACUGAUAGUGUGGAGACAACUGUUACUGUGAAGGAAGAGCAAGACUACCCACCAAAAGCAAACGCUGGUAAUGAUAUUGUCCUACAUCUUCCAAACAAUUCGGUUAUACUAAAUGGAAACAAAAGCACAGAUGAUAAGAAUGAACUCACAUAUGCUUGGAGCAAGUCUUCAGAUAGUCCUAUUUGUGACAUGCAGGGAACAGAUAAAGUUCAACUGCAUGUGUCAAGUCUUGUUGAAGGAACAUACGUGUUUAAUCUUAAAGUUACUGACUCCAAUGGACAAUCUGAUAUUGUGCAUGUUAAAGUUAUUGUACUUCCAGAAGUGAAUACGAAACCAGUGGCUGUUGCUGGUGAUGAUAAGGAACUUGUUUAUCCUGACGUAUCAACAACGCUGGACGGUUCUCGAAGCACAGACAACUCAAAAAUUAUUUCUUAUAAAUGGGAAAAGAUAGAAGGCCCUGACAGUAUAAAGAUGAUUGAUUCUAAUAAGGUUAAAGUUCAUAUUUCGGAUCUCCGCGUUGGUACUUAUGUCAUCAAGUUGACCGUAACUGAUGAUAAACAACUGACUGGCUCAGAUACAGUCCGAAUAAACGUAAAACAAGAUCACAACGAACCACCAACUGCAGUUGUGAAUCCACAGCAAGUAAUUUACCUACCAAGUCGCUCUGCGGUCUUAGAUGGAUCCAAAUCAAAAGAUGAUGAAAUUAUUGUAGGCUAUCAUUGGACUCGAGCUGGCUCAAGUCCUGCUGCUGGUGAUAUUAUAAAUGGUAGCAAUCAUCAUUCGAUUCUUCGCCUUGCUAACCUUGUUAAAGGAAAAUACAUAUUUGAUUUAACUGUUACGGAUAACAAAGGCUUAACUGGGAAAGCAUCUGUUACUGUUAUAGUCAAAGAAGACCCAAACAAAAUUCAUCUUGUCGAAAUGUACUUGGAUAUUGCUAUUGGAAGCUUUACAGAAGAAAGCAAGAAGCAGCUUAUACGAAAGAUAUCAGUUGUACUUGAAGUUGGAAAAGAGUUUGUUGUUGUCGAAGAAAUUGCGAGUGUGCACUAUAAAAAGGGCGUAAAGCUUGUCUUUUAUGUAAAGGAUCCAAACAUGAAUCGAAUGUAUGAUGGAAAAUACAUUGCUGACUUACUGAAACAGAAAGUUGGGUUUGGUGGCAAACUUUUUGAUAUAACCAUGAUGAGAGUGUCCCCUUAUAUUUGUCGAAAUAAUUGUUCAAAUCAUGGUUACUGUGAUGAUGCGACAAAGGAGUGUAUAUGUGAUACAUUUUGGAUGAGCAACUUUUUUAAAGCAAAAUUUGGCGUAAAAGAAAGCAACUGCGACUGGAGUAUAUUAUACCUGUCAGUGGCCAUAUUUGCCAUAUUCCUUCUCUUGUUGGGACUUAUAUGGAGUAUUUGCUUCUUUUUAGCCAGGAAAAAACGAAGCAAACGUCGUGCUAGGUACAGGGCGCUUCGAAGUACAGAUCCUGAUGGAGCCGAUGAUGAAAUUCUUCUCAUUCCCAAGGCCAUGAAAGAGAAAUUCUCUGCGAAUAGUUUAACGUUUACAGAAUCCGAUGAAGAUUCUGAAGAAGAAACAACAGUAUUCGACAAAAAUAGACUUGUAAACGGACAUGCUCGAUUAAAUGGUUCGGCAAACGGAAAACUGAAAUAUCGAGACCAUGCUAUGUAAACGCACGCAACAUCAUACAGAAGCCACAAUUUUCUUAUGCACGUAAUUUAAUGUUCCAAGCGCACGUUGUGUUUUACAAAAGACUGGGUACGAAAGUCGUUAACCAAUAUUAACCAUACGAUCAUUUCAAUGAAUAUAUGCAGGUUUAUAGGAGAUCGUUUAUGAAAUAAAAUUGUAUAUAUAGCGCAUGUAUAACCUUGUACGUAUGUUAGGGUGCACCUAAUAUUGAAUUUCUUUUUGUUACAUCGUACACGCAGCGUAAGAAAUUUUUGUUGUGUCCCUUAAAAGUGAAUCUAUUUAAUUUCUAAGAUACAAAUUCAGCCUGACCUCACUGUAGAAAGCUGCGAGAACACACAAGUUAAAUUUACACCGCAUAUGUGAAUCAAAAAUCAACCUCGUUACCAUGUUUUUUUUCAAGAAUGUGAUUGCAAGUGUUGGAAACGAAGUUGUUUAGCACUAUAUUUUUAUAUAGAAAAUUGAUAAUAAUAAUCGUCUUUCGUAUAACUGUUUAUUUAUUUUCUUCUCUCGGCCAAAGAAAAUAACUUUUUGGGUUAGCACAUAUUUGCGCUUUUGACCCUGUGUCUGUUUUAAAAAAAUAGAUUUAAACAUGCCACACGAAGUCAUACCUUAAGUUUGAGCAUGAAUAUAAUCACAAGUAUUAUUUCCUGUUACCGGGGGUAUCAUGUUCAUAUUGAUUGUUCAUUGAUAAA